AUGAUACUAACAUCUAGUUGGCCCACACCAUCAUCUUCUAUUGAAGACCCAUUAUUCUCUGAUGAUAUAAUGUUAUCAGCUGCAACAACAUCAAGUCAACAUCAACCUAAUUUUUGGUUUUCUGGUAGUCCACUACCUUCAUUUUUCUCCUCGUCAUCGUCAUCAAUAAAUGGUGGAAUAGAUAAACUUUCCUAUACUCAACAACCAGCAGCACAUAAAGUUCUUUUCGAUUCAAGUGCAUGCAGUUCAAGUUCAGGCAGUUCACCACCAUCAUCUAAUGAUGUUCUUCUUUCACGUCCACAUCCAACAUCAGCAGCAACAUUAAAUUUAGCUCAAUUUAAUUAUAUCCAACAAAAUCAUCAUCAUCAGCAUCCAUCUGUUAUAACACCAACAUCAAAUAAUUUUCUACCUCGAGAUGAUUGGUCACAAAUGCCAAUGGGGGGACAAACAACAACUUCGAACACCUCCGCAUGGCAUCCACAACAUUCAACAAAAGGUGUUCCUAUUGAUAAUUCUCAAGUAACGAAUUAUUCCAGUAUGAUGAGUGGUAUUGAAUCAACAAAAGAUAUGAAACGUAAAAGUAGCCGACCAACAUUUACUGGACAUCAAAUAUUUGCAUUAGAAAAAAUGUUUGAAAGUACAAAAUAUUUAGCUGGAGCAGAACGAUCAAGACUUGCUUGUCAAUUAGCUAUGAGUGAAGCACAAGUAAAAGUUUGGUUUCAAAAUAGACGCACAAAAUGGCGGAAGAAACAUGCUGCUGAAAUUCAUGGACCAUCCAGUAAACGAAAUAAACAACAAAGAAGCGAUGGAUCAAUUCCGACCAUUGAAUCAGAUUCAAAUUCAAAUUAA